UGUCGUUCAUGCUAACUCGCACCAACACCGAACACACGAUUCUGCCUCGCGCUUUUGGGGUUUGGAAAAACAGAAAAGUCGAUCAGAAACCGCUGGUUAUGGUGGCGAGACGAAAAAUGUUCAGAAGCUGAAAAUCAACAAAUCGAGAAACACGAAGAAGCAGAGAUUAGCAGAGCAAUGGGAGCAGUAACAGCACCAGCGCCAUGGAAGCAGCUCCUUCUCAACGCAAUGGAAUCCAAUGCCCACCUCAGGCACACUUCCUACAUUCAGCUUGCAACUAUUGCUUGUAAUGGGAGACCUUCAAAUCGUACUGUUGUUUUCAGGGGAUUUCAAGAGGAUAGUGAUAAGAUUCAAAUCAAUACCGAUGGCAGAAGUCGUAAGAUUGAGGAGCUUAAGCAUUGCCCUUUUGCUGAGAUAUGUUGGUACUUUACUGACUCUUGGGAGCAAUUUCGGAUCAAUGGAACAGUUGAUAUUAUUGAUGGAUCAAAUCCCGACCCCAUAAAACUUCAGCAAAGAGAGAAAUCGUGGGCUUCCAGUUCUCUGAAAUCAAGACUGCAGUAUUUGGGGCCCCAGCCAGGUCUUCCCAAUCUAAGUGAAGAACCACCCAAGGAAGUCUCUGUCGAUCCUUCUACAGGCCCCGUUGGUGCAUUUUGUGUUCUUGUUCUAGACCCGCAACAGGUUGAUUACUUGAACCUGAAGAGUAACCAGAGGCUGACGUUUGCAUCCACUGGAAGUCCCAAUGAAGAGAAAUGCUGGACUUCAGAAAGGGUUAACCCCUAAACCUCUGCUCUAGAGUUUAACCAGAGGCAAACAUGAAACACGUCGUUGUUUACUGAUGAUUUAUUCUGUCAAGUCGACAAUAUAAAAAGGAAGAUAUAUUAUUGAUGAUUGUGUGAA